AUGUCGAAGCUCUCGUUUAGGGCGAGGGCCCUGGAUGCGUCGAAACCAAUGCCUAUAUAUCUCGCCGAGGAGCUUCCGGAUUUACCGGACUACUCGGCGAUUAAUCGUGCUGUACCUCAGAUGCCCUCUGGAAUGGAAAAAGAGGAAGAAAGCUUUGAGGUCAUUGUAUUUGUUAUUACCUCUAGUGAUGACCUCACCUUGCUAACACCCUAG